AGAAUCCAGAUUACCCCUCCUUGCUGCAAUAGUCUUGGUAGUUCCCAGUCUGAGAAGGUCAGAAAAACUGAGCAUGUCUAGAUGGUGUGCACUGUGGAGCCAGGAUGCACUUGCUGAUGAUACAAUAAACAUCCAAUGCAAAAGUCCUUGAGCGAGCUGUCAAUGUGCAUUGCUGAACAGGCUGGGACUGUGUGUGAGAGACAUUACCUUCUGCUUCCUAACCAGUUAAAGAGAAAGUCCCAGUCGGUGGACAUUGCCUCACCGGGGUAUAAUCCUAUGACCGAUACACCACCACAAGCAAGUAGACCAUCGCUGAUCAAUAAGUCGAUCUCUGAAGAAGAGCACAAUACUGCAAAUACUCAAAAACGCCAUCCAAGAAGAGGAGAACUAAAGAGGGGCUACACCAUUGAUACCGGCCAGAAAAAGACCCUGGAGAAGAAAGAUGGGCGACGAAUGUCCUUCCAAAAGCCAAAGGGAACCAUGGAGUACACGGUUGAAUCCAGAGAUUCCUUUAAUAGCAUCGCUCUGAAGUUUGAUAUUACACCCAAUGAACUAGUGCAAUUAAAUAAGCUGUUUUCCAGAGCAGUUGUACCUGGGCAGCUUUUAUAUGUACCAGAUCCGGACUACAUCUCCAGUGUGGAAAGCUCCCCAUCACUCAGUCCCAUAAGUCCUCUGUCUCCAACCUCCUCAGAAGUUGAGUUUGAGAAAAAUUCAGAUCAUGAUCACAGUCACCACAAAGAAUCCACAUCCUCCCCAGCUUAUUCUUCUGUCCGGCAAUCUAGGGUUGUGUCUUCCACAUCGGAGGAAGAAGAAGCCUUCACUGAGAAGUUUCUAAAAAUUAACUGCAAGUACAUAACUGAUGGAAAGGGAACAGUUAGUGGUGUUCUCCUGGUGACACCAAAUAACAUAAUGUUUGACCCUCACAAGACUGAUCCUCUGGUUCAAGAGAAUGGCUGUGAAGAGUAUGGCAUCAUGUGCCCGAUGGAGGAGGUGACCUCUGCGGCUAUGUACAAAGAAAUAGUUAAUAGUAAAUUGAAGGAUUCCCUCCCUGUAGACAUUGAGCAGCUGUCCUGUAUGCCAGAUUUCUGCCACAUUAAGAAGAUUUCACAGGGAAAUGCACAUGAAUUAGAUAAAAUGUGGGACACAGGAAAUGACAGUGCCAGCACAGCCCCCCGCAGCACAGAGGAGUCUCUUUCCGAGGAUGUGUUCACAGAAUCAGAGCUUUCCCCAAUACACGAGGAACUCCAUUCCUCCGAUGAGCUACAGCAAGACAAAUCUUCAGGCGCAUCCUCUGAAUCUGUAAAGACGAUCAACCAAACUCUUACAGAAAGUUGCCUGACAAACACUUCAGACUCCACAGACGCUGCUCCCGAUUCCAGAGAUGGCCCCGAACCUUCUGCCAAUGACAGUGGAAUUGUUAGCAAUGCCAAUGAUUUAGAAAAGAGUGAUGCUUCUCUAAAGGUAGUUGAAGACUUAGAUAAAAAUCAUGCAGAAUCUUCUGCAGAACAAGGCAGCAAUGAGCCGGGUGACCCAGAGAGUCUGGACGGCACAUGCACAGUGCAGCUAUUAGACAGCGAGGGUGAAAACAGGGACCAAAGUGUUGAGGGUCAUGAAGAUGAUAUGACCAAAAAUGAAAAUGAUCAAACCAGUCCGGGUGCUCCUGUAAAACAGGCUUCUGGUGAAUCUGAAACUGAAGUGGAGGAACUGCGGAAACUCUGGAAGAAUCUGACUAUGCAACAAGCCAAACAGCAGAGGGAUGACUUGCAGCAUGCCACUCACAAAGAGGUCCGGCCAAAGGCGGGAAGCACAGAAUCUGCUGUAGAAGGUGUAUAUUCUGCUAUUGCCAAAGAAAAGCGAAGGCACAGAUCUCACAGAUAUUUGUGUCUAAGAGUUGGGAAGCCAAUGAGAAAAACGUUUGUGUCUCAAGCCAGUGCAUCAAUGCAGCAGUACGCACAGCGGGACAAGCUGGAAUACUGGUUUGCUGUUCCCCAUGAAAGAACGGACCAUCUUUACUCCUUUUUCAUUCAGUGGAGCCCUUCUAUUUAUGCUGAAGAAAUCGGAGAAUGCUCAAGAGAGCCAGGAUUUGUGGUAAUGAAAAGGAACGAAGAACCGGAGAGCUCUGAGGGGUCCUCCAAUGAUUCCCCCACAAGAUUAUGGGAGGUAGUAUCAGUGGCUGAGUACCACCGCAGGAUCGAUGCGCUAAAUACUGAAGAACUGCGUACUCUCUGCAGACGUCUCAAGAUUACAACAAGAGAAGACGUCAACUCCAAGCAAACUACAAGCAUCAAGACGGAUCUGGAACCGGAAACGUUCAGACCCAACCUCAGUGACCCCAGUCAGCUUCUGCAAGUGGACCAGAUAGAGAAGCUGACAAAGCACCUCCCGCCCCGGACAAUCGGCUAUCCAUGGACACUUGUGUACAGUACUGCAAAACAUGGAAUGAGUCUGAAGACUCUCUACAGGACAAUGCUGGGGUUAGACACUCCAGUGCUCUUGGUGAUAAAAGACAGUGAUUCACAGACUUUUGGAGCAUUGGCAUCUGAACCGUUUAAAAUAAGCGAUUGCUUCUAUGGCACUGGGGAAACUUUCCUGUUUACUUUCUGUCCAGAUUUUCAGGUCUUUAAAUGGACGGGUGAUAAUAUGUUCUUCAUCAAAGGAGAUAUGGAUGCACUAGCAUUUGGAGGAGGAGGAGGAGAAUUUGCCCUGUGGCUGGACGGAGAUCUUUACCAUGGGAGAAGUCACUCGUGUAAAACAUUCGGAAACUCUAUCCUUUCUAAGAAAGAAGAUUUCAUUAUUCAAGACAUUGAGAUUUGGGCAUUUGAGUAAAUAAUGUACAUAAACCCCGCGACUAAUAUCUCCUUUGCCCCUUUACCCCCCCCCCUGUACAGAAAGAGACUCUGUGUCCCGCGGCUUACUAAUAUAUACCCUUUUAAUAUAUUUGUAUUUUUGUUAAUAUUUAACCAUAGUUACUUUUUAUUUUCGGUAGCUAUAUCUAUUUUCAGACCUGAAUAUUGGGUGAAGCUGUAACUGUACGUUCCGAUGAAUGUUGUAGUUUUUUUCCGUCGCUCCCUCAGUCAUCUACUCCAGUCUAAUAGAAGUUGCACAUAUCAAACGCAAAACGUCAGCAUCGCCAUGGAACAAGGCGCAGAUAUCCAGGGAGACAACUCUGAGCUCUAAGUAUUUCAAGGAAAGGUCUUCCUUUCUAACCAUGCAUGUAAGAUAAAGAAUGAGGUAUGCAAUAGUUUUUUAGUAAACGUUUCCCUCUGUAUUAUGUCUAUAGCUUCUAUGCAGACAUGUGUUUCCGUGUUAACUUCAUGCUGUUAAUUAGGCUACAUUCACAUUACAUUUUCGGCGCUCCAUCUGGCUAUAUGUUUGAAUCCUGUAAAAAAAAAUUAAAAAAAUGCCAACAGGCUCAAAGACUUUAGUUGGCUGAGCCUAGUGUAAGUGUGACUAUGUUUUGUUUUAGUUUCCUGAAUGUAUAUGCUUUCUCAGAAAUGUGUUCAACCUAGUUUUGAAGUCACGCACACACAGUUUAUACCAGUUUUUCCCAACCAGUGUGCCUCCA